UUAUGUUAGCUCUACUAAACACGGUCACUCGUAGUUUUGUACAGAUGUACAAAUCUACUCGAAAGUUUUAGAGCUGACUCGAAAUUUCAAAAAAGGUGUAAUUGUUUAAGGCAUAAAAGCUAACAUGACUGCCGCAAUUUCGUUGUGGGGAAUUGUUUUCCUUUCCUCCCAACUUCGGAUAUCUUGGACAGAAAGUACUACAUGUGUGAGUGAUGACGUGUUCACAAAACUCAAAGAAGUAGACAAACUCAUCCAUCAGAUCAUAGGAUUUCCUCCGGAAAUAAGACAAAUACCGACGGAUUGUACCGAUAUUAAAAAUCAGGGGAUUGAAAAGUCUGGCAUUUAUGAAAUACGAGUUAUGAAAAAUGAAACAACACCUUUUUGUUUCAAAGUGUAUUGCGAUAUGAAAACAGAUGGCGGCGGAUGGACGGCGAGUACAAAUAAACACUUGUGUUAUUAUCACUUUGUAUUCCAAAGAAGAGGAGAUUUUGAACAACCUGUUUCCUAUUUCUAUAAAAAUUGGAAAAGUUAUGCGGAAGGAUUCGGAAAACUGGACGAAGAUUUUUGGUUAGGCAAUGAAAAAUUAUAUUAUUUAACAAAUCAAGGAAACUAUUCUCUCAGGAUUGAUAUGAAAGACAAAAAAGAUAAUACUUCAUACGCCGAAUACGGAAAAUUCAGAAUUGAAAACGAACAAAAUUUGUACAAGUUACAUGUAAGGAAUUAUAGUGGUGUAGCUGAAACGUCAGCGCAAGAAGCAUGA